UGUUUACUCCAUAUUAGUCAAAUACAGUCCGAUUUUAACACUGAUUGUGCUUUAUUGACAGGCAAAUGUGUUUAUAAUUUCAUAAAAACUGGAUUUCAUGUUACAACUUGGUGAUUAUAUUUUGCAGGUUUUCCGAUAAGAGUUUAUUCAUUUCUGUCUGGCAUGCGAUGAUUGGAGGUGUAGUAGACUGAUGUAGGGAUCUCGAGGAGAGGAGUCGUCGGAUUGACCCAAUCAUAAAGGUGUUCUGAGGACCUAUAUGGGAGAAAUCACUGGGUCAGGGGCCAUGGAUAGAUGGGUGUGUCCUAAUGACAGACAUUUGGCCCUCAGGGCAAAAUUGGGAACAGGGUGGUCAGUCCACACCAACAAAUUAUCUACAUUCCACAAAGGGGAUCAACUCAGCAUGGAAGAACAAGAACACAUAAUGAAUGUCAUUGCCAAGGCAGAUUACCUUGAUCAAGUCGAGCAGGAGAGGAUAGGUCGUUUGGUGGAAAAGCUAGACAACAUGAAGAAGAAUGCCAUGGGGAAUGGAACCACCCAGUGUAUCCUGUGUGGGGAUGAGUUUGGUCUGCUGGGGGCGAGUCCCACUCACUGUGAUGACUGUAAAAAUGCUGUUUGUACAAAGUGUGGAAUAGACACCUUUAAUAGCAAUAAACAGCAGCUGUGGCUAUGUAAAAUCUGCAGCGAAUAUAGAGAGGUUUGGAAAAGAUCGGGAGCCUGGUUUUUCAAAGGAAUUCCAAAAUAUGUAAUUCCAGAGAAAAAGUCUGAAAUUUCCAAAAUUGGAGGUCAUAAAGGUCAAAGAGAGCUGCGGGGUUCCCUGAGAUCUCGACCAGGAUCGGGCAGAGGUUACAACACAUGGAGCAGGGGAAGGGCAAGUCAUGCAAGUUACGGGGAGAGCAGUGAGCAGGAAACAUCCAGUAGCUCAGAUGACGAAGUUAGCAUUGGGAAAAGAAAGGCAGUCAAACGCUCAGGUGACUCUGGAGAAAGUGACAAUAUCAGUAUAACUAGUUCCACUAGUGGUCAGUAUUACAGUAGCCAUGUGAACAAGGACCAGCGCCCGAGUAUCACCAGUAGUAACUAUUAUGGUGGACAUCUUAGUGCUACAGAGAGUAGUCGUGGUGAUGAUCUCCAUGACGACACAGACAAUGAAAGUAUUGGAGUUGUGAGUCAUCAUGGAACAAAUAGGGCACAUGAUCACCAUCCUCCAACCAGACUUGUUGAUGAGGCAGAUAUUGAUGAUGCUUUUACCAAAUAUGGAAAUAACCACACCCAUUCAGAGGACCAUGAAGAUAACCUAUCUUCUCCUGAAAGUCCUACUGGGGGAUCGUUGGGAAGUCUAGAGAUGUCUCUACUUUAUGAUGCUAACAACAAUGCUCUUCAUUGUACCAUUGUCAGGGCCAGAGGACUUAAGGCUAUGGAUUCUAAUGGUCUAUCUGAUCCUUAUGUCAAACUUCAUCUACUUCCUGGUGCCAGUAAGUCAAACAAACUAAGAACGAAAACAAUACACAAGACCCUAAAUCCGGACUGGAAUGAAACAUUGACGUAUUACGGCAUCACAGAGGAAGACAUGAUUAAAAAGACUCUCAGAUUAGCUGUACUAGAUGAGGAUGCCUUUGGGUUUGAUUUUAUUGGUGAGACGAGAGUUCCUCUAAAGAGGCUACAGCCUCAUGAGACCAAACACUUCAAUGUCUGUCUGGAAAAACAAAUCCCAACUGACAAGGAUGAUGACUUACUGUCACAUGACAGAGGUAAGAUCUUACUGGGGCUGAAAUACUCCACGUCCAAGCAGGCUCUAGUGGUGUCAGUGGUCCGAUGUGCUGAGUUAGCAGCGUGUGACACAAAUGGAUACUCUGACCCGUAUGUCAAAUUGUACUUAAAACCAGACCCAGAGAAGAGGUCCAAGUUCAAAACAGCGGUUAAAAAGAAAACUCUAAAUCCAGAGUAUAAUGAGGAAUUUAUUUAUGAAGUUAAGCAUAAUGAACUAGCUAAGAAAACCCUAGAGAUUACUGUUUGGGACAGGGAUAUUGGCAAAGCUAAUGACUUCAUUGGUGGUGUUCAGCUGGGAAUUAACUCUAAGGGUCACCGCCUAAAGCACUGGUAUGACACGCUGAAGAACCCAGACCACAAGUUUGAGCGCUGGCACACCCUGGCAGCUGAGCUUGUCCCAGAGGUUUAAAUCAGUACCCACCCCUACCCUAUUUAAUGUUGUGUUCCUGAUGAAUACUAGGAGACAGCCUGUCCAGCAUACACUACUGAAGACAAGAAGUAGCAGUUCUCCAUUGUAUAUCAGAUUUAGUGUACCACUUCACUACACAUGUGUAUUUUCUCUCAAAGUUUCAUGUACAAACAUGUACAUGUGUACAAGUUAUAAAAAUAAUUGUUAAAUUCCUCUUUCGAUAUCCCACUUUUGUAACAAUUUCAUACUAUAUGUCAUUCUUCCUGUACCACAGUCUUGUAAAAAUGUAAUGUACAGGUAAACUUUGAUAUCUCUAACAUCAACAUAAUGAGGUUUGACUGUAAUUGUCUCUGUUUAAUUGUACUGGGUCUUUCCUACUAGCAAUUUGAUGUUAAUGAAAAAAAAAAUAUCAGUUGGUAAAAAUUCAUUCACUAUUUUCUUUUUUUUUUUUAGGUAAAUCAUUGAUUUUUUAUUCAAUAUUUACAAAUAUUUUUAGUGCAAUAUUUUUAGUCCA